AGACAAGCAAUGACUUUUAUUUAAACAAUAAAUAAAUGAAAAUAUAUUUUAAUGUGUUAUUAUUUAAGGUUGCCAGGUAGAACACCAUUAGAAAUGGCUAAGCUAAACGUAGAGCGUGAUUUUAUAGUGGUGGGAGUUCUGGAAGAGUUGGACGACACGUUUGCAGUCUUAGAAAAAAUGCUACCACGUUUUUUUACUGGAGCAGUGGAGUAUUUGAGAUCUCCAGAUACAUCUUCUGCAGGCAACACUUUUACUCGUAAUCGGUCAGCAACCGUAACCAAGCACAAGGAGGUACCGUCGGACGAAGUGAGAACAAUACUUUUGAAGCAAAUGUCGUUGGAGUAUGAAUUCUACUACUACAUCAAGGACCGCUUUCAAAAACUCAAGAUUCAACUUGGAAUUGUUGAUAGCAAACAACGAUAAAUUGCAGUCGAACCGUUAUUUCCAUGGCAUCGAAUUACAAUCUGUGAUGCAUUUUUUCAACCUAAGGUCAUACAAUCGUGGUUGUAGCCAUGUUUUGUCCAGGUGAACCUAGUUUGAUAAUUAUACAAUUACAAGUUUGGUUUUUCAAACUAAGAUUGUCAUAAACACUGUCACACGACCGCGUUCUGUGACGUAGCUUUGUACAACAUAGGGUGGACUAAUAUCUGAGAUGGUUUAUCAAACCUGGAUUGUAGCUGUAGUCUGCUAUGUAGCUGUU